AUGGGAAAGCCACUGCAUCUGAUCGUAAUAUUGCAGCCAGUAUCGUCCGCGUUCGCUUAUAGGUACGACCCUUGGUAUCGCGCGGACACGCAACGUCCAGUUGACGUGAUCACCGAUGUCGUCAACGAGCUCGGGGUGAGAAUCCUUCAGCAAUAUUUGACGCGUGGAAACGUCGCGUUCUCGCCAACGGGGGUCGCCUUCGUAUUAGCGGCGCUCUAUGAAGGAUCCGCGGGUAGAGGAGGUCAACAAAUCGCCGAGGCCAUAGGCCUGCCAGCCAACCGGGAUGUUACCAGGAUCGGUUUCAGAGAUAUUCAUCGACGAUUACGAAGCUACCUUAACGCCGACGGCUUCCUAGGCGGUUUGACGCUAAGCAGAGAAAAUACCAGACUCCGUCCCGAGUAUGAAGACAUUCUGAGAUUUUACGGCUUCGAUCUAUCGAGUAUUGAGCAAGAAGCGAACGUUACCGUUAGCAUGGAAGACUCAUCAGGUAUAACUGAACUUCCGACAUCCACGAUCGGCUCAAGCAUGCCAUCAACAGAGAUGGCAAACGCUGAGAAUGUGCCGGACAUGACGACGACAACAUCAACGGGUGCAAUCACGACGCUUCCUCCGGCUGGUGCGGAAACAACAGUCGUUCCAUCGACCGCAGCGGGAGUUACUCAGCAAACUGUCACGAUGGCACCGACGGGUGCAACCGACGUACAAUCGACAUUGGCUCCGGUCACCAGCACCGGAACAGUUAUCCAAAAUACGUCACCGACGCAAUCGACAAAUUCCUUAACGGCGGUUACUUCCGGCGAAAGUGUUCAGUCGACACCAUCCGCUGGUGCGGAAACUGUCGCGGGUUCGCCGAAUACGAUUACUCCGAUAGUAAACACGGACAGUCGAAUGAUUCCGACUACAACUGACGUGGUCACCGUCGCGGAUAAUCAGGGUCAGCAAACUUCCCCAACAAUCACCGCCGGCGAUACUGCAACGAGUGCUAGCGUUUCUAACGAGAGCGUUCGGCCAUCGACAGGCGCCGGAAUGACAACAGCAGCUGUGACUGCAGAUGCUGAUGUGGCGGUAUCGAUGAGUACUGAUGCUUCAACUUUCACUAUGAAUACUGAGGUGCCAAUGACACUAAAUACGUUGAGUUCGGACUCGCCGGCUACAAUCGUCAUGGAUCCAAGUACUGACGCAUUGGUAGCCGCGAGUUCAGUCGUCGUCAACAUGACGCCCGCUAAUACAACUGUUCGCAACGCGACCUUGAGUACAGUUACCAUGAAUUCGUUAACUACUGUGGUACCAGCGAUAUUGAAUAACGCGAACGUGACUAUCUCGAGUCCCGUUACCGAAACGACGGUGGUGAACGGCGUUAUUUCGCAAUCGAAUACCGAGAUAUCGACGGAUACUCCGAUCGAGAAUACUUCAGGAACUGCGAAUAACCUCGCAAUGACGACGAUAACUAAUAUAGACGGUGCUGUCGCAGUCAAUUCUCUAACGACCGUGGUAGCGCCUGUUUCAGCAACAAACGCAGACAAUCCUGCUGAAAAUAACUUCGCGGUCGUGAAUUCUACGAUGAGUUCUACAGAUAAUCCAACGGCCGCACCUCUUGUGGAUGAAAAUACAAUUUCGAAUCGAAAGAAGAAAGAUAUAAUUAAUCUGAUAGAUAGUAUAAUUAACAGCAAUACCGUUAAAGGUGACUCACGGGACAGAGCGCCGAAUCUUCGUAAACGCAAAGCGAGAAGCCUACGCGGAUACUUCUCCAGCUAUCCAGACGAAGGUAUUUGGAUGCAAAAUCUAGAAAUUUGGAAGUCGUAUAAUACAGUAAAUCCGAGUGAAUCCUCCAUAGGGGAUUCAUCAGCGGAGAUGUCGUUUUUGGUGAACGGUUGCGAUGUUUCCUCGGUAUCAGCUUCGAGAUAUAUCGCCGUGUUGCCCUUCGCGUAUUUCCCAUCAUUGCAAGCAGUCGCGCUCGAAUUUCCUUUGGACGAUCCACGAUACAACAUUAUACUUUUCAUGCCGACUGACAAAACGGACACGCUUCGACUGGCGAGGGAUCUUAGCGGAAAGUCAUUGAGAUUGUUGAGGAAGCGAUUACAGCCUACUUGGGUCAGGGCCACUAUACCUUCGUUCAUGCUGCGUGGUUUCGUCACAUUGACGUCAUUUUUGCAAAGGCUGGGUAUCCUGGAUGUGUUCGAGCCAAGAGUAGCCGAUUUAUCGCCCAUGACAUCCGAUCUCGGUGUAUACGCUAGAGACGUGCAACAGAGUAUAGGGGUCAAUAUAAGAAAUUAUAUGAAACCCGACCGGACCCAUUCUCGUAAUGGUCUAUUCGAAAGAGCCGGACCCGAACCCUUUACAGCUUUGCAUCCCUUCCUUUAUUUCAUCGUCGACACCGAGACUUCAGUGAGUUUAAUCGCCGGUCGAGUGGACGAUCCGCUUAAUUCGAGAAUAUUAUAGGAAUAUGAUUUAGAUUACUAAGGUUUAAAUAAACACUCGUUUAUUUGACGACACUUAUAAAUAAUUCCAUAAUGUGGACUUCUCCUAUUAGCUCGCACACAAUUAUUAUCAAGUACACGCAGUAGUUAAUAUUGUGCUCUGUACAAAUUCCUAUUUGUAAAUAAAGAAAUAUUAAAGAUAAAAAAGUAGCAGUGAGCAUAACUUGAAAUGUGUAGGAUUGAGCAUUUGGAAGAUUAUUUCAAGCUGUCUCACGCUAAAGAGCGAAGGGCAAACUUUUUAUACAUCUUGCUAUUCAAUAAAAGCAGAUACUUACAUAGUUUGUUUCGAAAACUACGAGAAUCGAAACUGCAAUUAUUAUGAAAAAAUUCAUAUUUUUCAUUGAUUUUCUUUAGCCCUUUUGCCCAAGUUACCGGAUCGACAGUAUCUGGUUUAUCAUUAAAACUGAUAUUACGACAAUGGAUAUGUAAUUUACAAAUUUACGAUUCUUUCGUAAUUUUUUCAGUGUGUG